AGGUGCUCCUGCCCAGUAGGAGGGCCACUGCUAACACGGAUGCCCCACCCCACCCCAGGCCUGUGUCUUUUUUCUAGCGCUUUUCUUUUCUUUCUUUAGUAGGUGUCUGUAGGGUGUGUGCCCCUGCCAGAGACGGGAGGGUAGCAGGGUGGCAGCAGGGUCGGGGGGAGAAAUCACCCCCAGGGGGUAUGGGAACGCUACAGUUCCCUAUCCUCCACUCUCCUCUGGAGAUUUUGGGCACACAUGCCUGAUGCGUCUUUCAAGCCACGGGUCCGGGGCUCUAACCACAGAGUGGGCCACGUGGGGUCCAGCACCUUAGCGUCCACGGCACCAGAUAGCCCUCUCUGGUGCCUGCCUCCCUUCCUGUUCCUGCUUCUGCUCUUCCCUGUGCCCUCCUUCAGCUCACUCUGUCCUCUCUCCUCCUCUCUGGGCCAUGCUGGGCACGCUGCCUGAAGCCAGAUCCGGCCCUGUCCACCACACUCACGGUCAGGAGGAAGGCCACAGUUUCAGGCCAAAGUGAUGGGAUGACCUUUCUGGGGGAGCACAUUUAGGUGCGUCUUCAGGGUCAAGGAGAGAGUGCAGAGGAACCCGAGGACGGAGGCAUGGAAACGCCAGGAUGGAGGACGUAGGACAUGGCUGGGAAGAGGAAGGAGAGGCAGCGGACGCGGGCUCUGGGGCACCUUCUGAGGGUGGUGGCAGUCAGACGAUCGUGAGCAGGGGACGGGCAGCGUCAGCUCUGGGUGUCACGAAGACCCUCUGGAGACGUGUGGGGAGGCCAGAAGGGUACGGAGGAGCUUGCAACACCACCGAUCGAGAGAAUGAGGCCUGACCUGGGGCCUGGCCUGGGAUGGAAAGGAGGGAACGAGCCAGAUUCCAGGGCAGGAGGGACAGGACUUGGGACCCAAGGCUUUAGGGGGAGAGGGAAAGGAGUGUCCAGAGGUGUGGUUCAACAAACUGGGGGAUGGUGGGCCAUCCCAAGUCUGGUAGAAGUCACUGACCUCACUUGGGGUCCGAGUGUCAGACCCACCUGGUAAAAAGGUGCAGGAUGGAGCCUCAUGGCUACACUAGCACUUAGGGCAGGGAGGAGGUGCACAGGCCGGCUGGGGGCCUAAGAAGGCACAGAGGGCUGGGACCAAGAGAGCUUGUAGGAUGCCGGGGAAGCUGAGGGAAGUUUCUAGAAGGUCGUGGUCUACCACGUUAUAACCCUUGAGGCUGUCUGUUGUGUGUGUCACUGGGGGUGGUUAUCCCUUUAAACUGCCACUGGGGAAGGGGGUUCUGGAACUCCCUGCUGCCUCACAGAGCCCCAGCCCCCUCCCCCACCUCCCUGCGCUGUAUCCAAGCAGCCCUGGGCAGCUGGGUGUGAGUCCUUAGCAGCCUCCGGGCAUGGGAGUGAAGCGGAGCCUGCAGAGCGCCGGCACGUUGCUCAGCUUCCUGGCCAACAUCUUCACGGUUCUCUGCACCGCCACCAACUACUGGACCCGCUACCAAGGGGGCCACAGCGGCCUGUGGCAGGAGUGUAACCACGGCGUCUGCUCCAACAUCCCCUGCCAGACCAUGCUAGCGGUGACCGGGGCGUGCAUGGUGCUGGCCGCCGGCUUUGGCGUGGUAGGCAUGGUGAUCGGGCUGCGGAUUCUGUGCCACCAGGGCGAGUCGCUGCGGGGCCAGACUACGAGCGCCAUCCUCUUCCUCAGCGGGCUGCUGCUGCUGAUUGCUCUGACAGGCUACACGGCGAAGAAUGCCUUGAAGAGCGACGUCUUCUUCUCCUGGUCAUAUUUUUUGGGGUGGCUGGCCUUACCCUUCUCUGUUCUCUCGGGUAACCUGCACAGCGGGAAGAGGGUGGAGGUCACUUCCCAGAGGACCCUCUCCCCAGAACCCCCUCCUCGGCCGCCCUCUUAAAACCCCCUCAGUACUUUUCAGGGCCUCCCCAACACACCCCACUCCCGACUCCCACAGACCCCGCAGAGACGCCCUUGGAGCCCCAGACCCCCGUCCCCAGGGCCGCCUGGCCACCGGCCCCAGGACCCACCUUCCUCCCCACGACCUCCGCUCCCCUCCCACUAGGCUUCUGCUUUCUGAUGGCGGACAUGAUCAUGCAGAGCACCGACGCCAUCAGUGGGUUCCCCGUGUGCCUGUGACCUCAGCCUGGCUGGGACAGAAUAAAGGAACGACUUUCAGCGCUGCGGCACCGUGUGCCUUUGUGGGGACGCGCACACGGCGGCAUGAACGGUCGUGGGGACAUGAGCAUUUAGAACGGACACGGGUGGCAGACAUGGCGUAUAGAGGCCCAAGGAGGGCAUGGGAGCAUAACCCCUGGGGAUAGUGGAGACGGGGAACGCGCGGACAGGGAGACACGAACAUGAAGUGGUCAGGGGCGUGGAUUUGGAGGGGAGGACACGGGGGACUGUAGCCAUGAAGAGACGUGAGCGCAUGGAGAGGGGGUGGCGGCGACAUGGAGGGAAAGUAGACACAGAAGCUGGGGAGGACGCGGAUGUGGAGGGGACGCAGAACGCCGGCCUGGAGAGAACCGGAAGGACAGACGCCGAGAACUCAGAGGCGUGGGAACAUGGCACGGGGUGGGCGUGGAGGGACACAGGCACGGCGAUUCGGAGACGCUGGGAAGAAGGGGCGCUGGCGGGGGAGAGUAGAUCCGGGGACA